UAUAAUACUUUGUAGUUCUAAAUAUAGUUAUUAGUUAUGCUUAUAAUUAAUGUAGUUAAGUGCAAUAUAUUUUGAAUAUUGUAAGACCUUACCCGGAGUUCAAAGUGGGCAGUCAAUAAGGCCUUAAAUCCAUUUUCUUGCUAUUAUUUCAGACUAACAUUCCAAAGAUGUCUCAAGAUAAAGUAUUAUUUCAUCCUAUUAUAAGUUCUAUCCAAAGAAUAGCACUCUACGAAACAAAAACCCGGUUCUAUUUAAUCGGGUCAAACAAUACUGAAACUAGAUUUCGCGUCCUCAAAAUCGACAGGACUGAUUCAAAGGAGCUAAUUUUGGUUGACGAUAAGGUGGAGUACAAUAAACAGGAAAUUCACCAGCUAUUGAACAUGAUCGGCUUCGGCAACAGGAGCGGCCGCUCGUCCGGAUUCAAUAAACUCGUGUCAGCCUUCGGAAUUGUAGGUUUUGUCAAAUUUCUAGAAGGGUACUACAUAAUUCUAGUAACAAAGAGAACCAAAAUAGCUGUGAUCGGCUCACAUUCCAUUUACAAAAUAGAGGAUACCGCAAUGAUUUACAUACCCAAGGAAAACAAUAAACCUCAGCAUCCUGAUGAGCAAAGAUAUGUGAAGAUGUUCUUAGCUAUAGAUCUAUCAACAAACUUCUACUAUAGCUACAGCUAUGAUGUGACACAUACCUUACAAAUGAACAUGGCUCCUCCUAGGAAACUGGCCCCAGCACUGUUUCCUAAGCCUGUGACAGCCGCAAUACUCAAGUCCAGUGAUUAUGAUGAGUGUAUCUGCCAAAAUGAUGAUGACGAUAAUGAGGACAUUUUUGAGAUAUGGAAGAAGCAAAUUGAGCAGAGAAGGAGCAACCCUAACUACCAAUCUUCAAAACUAGAAUUUGGAAUCAGAACAGUGCCCGAGUGGAGGUUUGUUUGGAACAGUCACUUGUUAUCGGCUGUACACUCCCAGCUGCAUCCAGACUGGAUCCUGUAUAUUAUACACGGCUUCAUUGAGCAGAGCAACCUCAAUAUAUUUGGUAGGCCGGUCUACCUCACACUCAUAGCUCGGAGAAGCAACAGAUAUGCCGGUACAAGGUUUCUGAAAAGAGGAGCUAAUGUACAGGGUGAUGUAGCUAAUGAGGUGGAGACUGAGCAGAUUGUGCAUGAUGCUACACUGUCGUCUUUCACCAACGGCAGAUUCAGUUCAUUUGUUCAAUUGAGAGGAUCCAUACCUAGUUUUUGGUCACAGGACAUAUCAAAAAUGGUUCCAAAGCCGGCGAUAAUGAUAGACCGCGCCGAUCCGUAUGCCGAGAUACCAGCUAAGCAUUUUAACAACUUGAUGAGAAGAUACGGCUCUCCCAUAAUGAUACUGAACCUCGUGAAGAAGAGAGAGAAGAAGAAACAUGAGUCUCUCCUGACUGACAUCAUCAGUAAUGCCGUGAAGUAUCUAAACCAGUUCCUCCCGCCGCAACAUGCGAUACAAUAUUUUCAUCUCGACAUGGCUAGAAUGAACAAGGGGGCGGAUGCUAAAGUCCUCGACAAACUAUCAGCAAUAGCGCAGACUGUGGUGCGGCGUACGGGCAUAUUCCUGAGCUGCAAGAGCGCGGGGGAGCGGAUGGGAGCGCCCGGCCACCAGGGCGGCUGGACCCAGACCGGUGUGGUUCGCGUCAACUGCGUGGACUGCCUCGACCGCACUAAUACCGCGCAGUUCGCGAUCGGGAAGUGCGUGCUUGCUCAUCAGCUGUACGCCCUGGGGCUGAUAGGCGCGCCGGUGGUGGAGUUCGAGUCUGACUGCGCGCGGCUGCUGGAGGGGCUGUACGAGGACCACGGCGACACGCUGGCGCUGCAGUACGGCGGCUCGCAGCUUGUGCACAGAAUCAAAACAUACCGCAAGACAGCGCCAUGGUCGUCCCACGGUAACGACAUAAUGCAGACCCUCAGCCGCUACUACAGCAACACCUUCUCUGACGCCGAGAAACAGAACACUAUGAACCUCUUCCUCGGCCUGUUCGUGCCGACGCCCGGCCGACCCGCUCUAUGGGAGUACCCCACGGAUUACUACCUGCACCACCCGGAGACCGUCGUCUAUAUACCGAAUAGGAGAUCGCUAACGAAAUGGUGGGACGGGGACGUCUCCCGCCACCUGCCGCGGCCGACGAACGAGAUGCGCAAACUCUGCUGUGAGAUCAUUGGCAUGGCGGACGGCGCACGGGACAUGCUGGACCCCUACCACGAGUACCACAGACCAUUCGAGUACACCGUGCUGUUUGAGAGCUUCGAGAUGAAGAUGUGCAACUCUCUCCGCGACCUGGCUCCGGCUGGCGCGAGCGCGAGCCCGUUCGUGGUGCGCGGCGCGCGCGGUCGCCCCGCCUCCGCCAACCCCGUCAUCAGCGGCCGCUCCUCCACCAUCUCCAACAACUCCAGCGAUUCAAGCAGCGAUUCGUCAUCAGACGACGACCUGACGACGUCGGCGCCGAGCGCGCGGCCGCCGUCGCCGCCGCUGCCGGAGCCCGAGCUGGCCUUCCCCGCCAUCAAGCGCCACAACCAGGUGGAAGUCAGCGAGCCCGGCAAACGGGAUAUGCUCAUAUAUAAGCGCUACGUGAAUUUCGAGCGACGUUCGAACCCCCAUUACAAGCCGGACCUGCACAUAGUGAUGACAGUCAGUAGCGCCUUCACCAUCGACAGCUCCGUGGACGUCAUCCCACCCACGGUCACCAAAACCUCCAAGGAAAUCUAUCAGAACUACGUCCAGAAGAAAACUGGCAAAAUAACAGUGCCUACGACCUCCCUCGCGCUGUACAAUAAAUAUGUUAAUAUGCAAUGUAAAUAGAUCGAGAAAUUAUGUAUAUUUAAUCUUAUUUAUUAUUAUAAUAUACGUUAAAAAAGU